UCAGCCUAAGAACUCUCCCUUCUUCUCAAACAAGUUUAGCAGCCCAAAGGCGCGAGUCUUAUUUUUAGUAUGAAAACCAGUGGUCUUAUUUUAAUUUGAGCCCAUUUCGCCACAUGUAAAGAUGGGGCCCACAAGCUUCUCCCACCUCGGACCAAAUGACACCUGUGGCUCCGGCACCCGGAAACCUGUGCACGAACGUCGCAAGUUUUUCUUAAAUUUAGCAUAUUAUUAUUCUGAUAUAUACCACCAAAGCGAGAAAGACAAAUUGUUUGAUUGAUUGGAGAAAUGUCUCAAGCAGAUGGCGUGCAGAGAAGCCAUGCCGCAGGCUCUCCCAGAUCUCGACCUCGCUACUCUCCGACGUUCGAGCAGCUUCUUCAAGGAGAUGCUUCGAGGUGGCCGUCUGGUGCGUCGGCGACCCCGGGGAAUAAUGAUCAUGAUCAAGAAGAAUUACUCGGCCACCAAAACAAGAAAUCAGUUCUCACCAAAGUCAAGGAGACGGCUAAGAAGCUGCGGCGGAGUCUCAGCAAGAAGAAGCACGGCCAUGAGGAUGGCAACAAUCCCUCUUGGGGAGUUACCUUGGAUGACGACGAUGAAGAGGACGAGGAUCCUGAAUAUCUCGGAGCCCCAAUGUAUGAAUCAGAGUUUGCGCCAGAGGCUUACAAAGAGACGGCAAGGCAGCAUCCGAGAGCAAUCCCAGUGGUGUCUGAGAAGCAUGUCUUGACAAGCACAAUCAAACAUGGCGGCGAUCAUCAUCAUCAUCAGGAGCAGCAGCAAGAAACACAACGCGCCUCUUCUGGUCUCAGUAACAGUAAUAAGACAAUGACCAGAGCUAUGACCGAAAAGCUUGCGCCCGCCUAUGCUGCAGUUUCAGAUGCCACUCACUCCAUUGCUUCCAAGAUCGCUGGCCUCACUUCUGGAAAUGGAGCCGCAGCCCCCUCUUCAACUGAACCUGCAGCCAUGCUUUCCAGACAAUAUUCUAUGCCAAAUGCCAAUCCUAUAAUCAUUACUUCAAAGGCCACGUCCAUGGCCCCCGCUGCACCAGCUGCAAUUGUCACUGGGCACUCUGCAGCAUCGGAUGAUCAAACUCGAAGUUCAUCAAUUAUUGCUUCAAAGAUCACAGUUGACAACAAUACUACUGGUCCGACAAAAUCAUCAGGAAAUGUUUCAGAAGCUAGAGACAAGCCUGAUCAUAGCCCCCCUAGGACGAUUACUGAAGCUGUGACCGAGAAGCUUGCACCGGCAUAUGCUGCUGUAUCAGGCGCAAGCCACGCAAUUGCAUCGAAGAUCACAGCGCUCACUGGUGACGCUGGAACAGAACAGAGUACUGCAGAGAUUGCGAGUAAGGCAACUGCUGGAGAGAGUAACAUUGCAAGUAAGGGAACUGGGGAGAGUAAUAUUCCAAGUAAGGCAACUGAAGAAAUUGCGACGAAGGAAGUCCAGAAACACAACGCAGUUCCUGAGAGUAAAGAGGUGGUUGCUGGCAGUGGCCAGCAAACGUGGGACAAGGGUGUUUCAGUGAAGGAGUACUUGAUGCACAAGCUAGAGCCCGGAGAAGAUGAGAAGGCACUUUCUCAGGUGAUAACUGAGGCAAUUAGUCCAAGGAAUUCUCCUGGUGAUGGCGGGGUGGUGGACAAGGUGAGAGGGGCUCUAACUUCGUUUCUUCGUAGCAACGAGCCCUCUGUAUCGACAACCAAAGGUGCAAAUUCAUCUGAAUUGACAACCAAAGCUGCAAAUUCAUCUGAGUCGGCAACCAAAGCUGCAAAUUUAUCAAGACCUAAUAUUCCCUCUGAGUCGACAACCAGGGCUGCAAAUUUGACACCUGUUCGCUCUGAAUCAGCAAUUAGAGCUGAAUCAACAAUUACCGCAAAUUCGUCGCCUAUUCCCCUUUCUACCAAUGCACACACAGUUACCGAGGAAGAAAAUCAUGGAAAAAUACUUCAAGCCAACUGAUGAAUCGAGGCAUUCUUUCAGGUGCAGAUAAAGAAACUGUUCACUGGGUAUGGAGUAGUAAGUUUUAUCUAUCAUCCAAUAGAUUCAACUCACUCAACGAUGGAUCAAUAUCAUUCAACUAGUGCCAACUUUCUUUCUUUUUUCUUAGCUACAAUUCUUUGCGUAAAUGUAUUAGUAAUAAUAAAAUGUUUUUGGCAGCUUCAAAGGCAAAUUCAGUUAGCUGCCAAGAGACUUUAGAUAUGCAUUGUAUUAAUUAUUGCUGUAAUUUCAUUAAUGGUGAUGAUUAGUUGAAUUGA